ACAAGGGAGGGGUCAUGAGAUACGGCAGGCAGGACGGACGAGAGGAGCACACACACGUGGAGGAGCAGGGAACAGCGGACCGGCUAAACAAGUCAGCCGGGAAAGUUACUAGAGAGAAAAAAUCUAAGAAAAAAUUCGUAGCACCAAUCAAGAGCCAGGUUCCCGUUAAAGAUAUCAAGUAUCCCCUUAAAAUUUUCGAAGACGCCAGUUGUAAAGAGAUCGAAGACGCGGACAUCGUCAACAAGGAGAUUUUCAUAACUUUAAUAUUUAGCAACGGCUCGUGUCAGCUUAGCGGCCGCCGCACGGACGCGGCUUGCUGCGGGGAAGGCCUUAUGAUGUGUUUGGAUGAAACAUUUUAUUAUUUCAAAGGCUCCAGCGCCGUCACGGACGUAUUGGGAAAAACGAUGUCCUCCAACCAAUUAAUAUGCUAUGACGCCAAAGCAAUUAUUAAAUAUCUAUUUAGUUUUGGGAGAGACGUUCAACAGUUUCAGUUUUUGGAUGUCAAGGUCGCCGGACGCCUGGUGAGUCCGGGACAGUGUCCCGAGACCUUUUCCGAUUUGUGUGAGCAAGUGUCCGCGAUUCCCCGCUACACCCUCGCCACCGAGUGUCCCCUUCAGAGAGCAGCCUGGCACGUGACGCUGAUGAAGGCGGCGUGGGAGACUCUGAAGGCUACCAUGACAAACGACGGGCUAUAUGAACUUUUUGUUGGCACUGAGAUGAAGGUCUUACCGAUCUUAGCAGACAUGGAGCAGAGAGGCGUGUGCGUGGAUGUGGACGGACUCGAAGCUAUGGGAGAGGUGGUGAAGACACGCAUGAAGGAAGUGGAGGAGGAGUGUUACCGAGCGGCCGGGAAGCACUUCCAGAUUAACUCCGCGCCGCAGCUCCGAGCGAUACUGUACGGAGACUUGAAACUAGACCAGAAAUGUAAUAUUACAGUACGGAAAACGACUGCCAAGGGAGACAAGUCCACCUCCGAGGACGUGCUGCGGUCCCUGAUGAAGGUUCAUCCCCUGCCGGGUCUGAUCCUGGAGUACCGUCACCUCCACAAGGCGCACUCCACCUUCAUCACCGGCAUCGCUCAUCACGUCGUGAACGGUGUCGUCAAACCCACUUGGGACCAAACGGCGGCGGUGACGGGUCGCAUCUCUUCCAGCAACCCGAACCUGCAGGCCAUUCCUAAGACAUUUAACCUGGUCCUGUUUCCGCGGGACGGCGCCGAUCCAGUGCCGCUGAGGUUCCGGUCGGUGUACCGGGGCCGAGCGGGCUGGCGGCUGGUGGCGGCGGACUUCAAGCAGGUGGAGUGCCGCGUGCUGGCUCACGCCGCUCGGGAUGAGCACCUGGAGCAGGCGCUUAGGAGCGACGACCUGUUCACCGACCUCGCCGCCCGCUGGUUGGAGAAGCCAGGGCGCGAGGUGAGCGGCAGGGACCGGGAGCGCACCAAGCGGCUGGUGUACGCCGGCCUGUACGGGGCCGGCGCGCGCACGCUGGCAGACAUACUGCAACUGCCACAAGGACAGCUGGAGGAGGUCAUACACAGCUUUGACAGGACGUUUCCAUCUCUGAAGCGUUUCUGUGAGGGGGUGUGGUCCGAGUGCUCGCGGGACGGAGGCCGAGUGUCGACGGUCGGCCGGCGGACUCGAACCUUCCCCAACAUAUCCAGCGACGACGCUGCGAUGAGGGCGCAGGCCCGGCGGCAGGCGGUUAAUUUUAUUAUUCAAGGCUCGGCGGCGGAGCUGUGUAAGCGCGCCAUGUGUGAGUGCGUGGCUGGUCUGCGGCGGGCCGGGGUCGCGGGCCGCCUGCUGCUGGCCGUGCACGACGAGCUGGUGUGGGAGGUGGCCGCGGACGAGGUGCCCCGCGCGGCCGAUAUAAUCAAGUGGUCGAUGGAGAGCUGCGGCCGGCAGCUGGGUCUGCAGGUCCCCCUGCCGGUCGCCCUGUACACGGGGCACAGCUGGGGGGACCUGGAGGAAUACACAAGCGGGGUGGCGUCGGUGUUGACAUUUACUACGGAGGCAAUAAAAACAAACAAAUAA